AUGGAGAUGGCAGCUACGCUCGACUUGCACGAACUUUGCGCCAACCUGACAAAGGUUGCGCUGAAGGCAGGCGGCCUCAUCCGAAAUGCACGAACGACUGGACUCGACAACCGGCAAACCAGUGCGAUCACAUGCAAGAAGAACACUGCCGAUAUUGUGACCGAGACCCACCAAGCUUCCGAAGAGCUUAUUCGCUGGUAUUUGUUAGAAUGGUACCCAAGCAUCAAGUUCAUCGGCGAAGAAUCAUUCAAGGCUGGUCUCGACCGCAUCACCAACGCGCCGACCUUUGUGGUAGACCCCAUCGACGGCACAUCGAACUUCGUCCACGGUCUGCCCGAGGUCUGUGUGUCGAUCGGCCUUGUGGUCAGCCGUAAGCCCACGGUUGGCGUUGUGCACAAUCCCUUCACCGGAGAGCUAUGGACAGCCAUCAAGGGCAACGGCGCAUACUACUCCCGCACCCACGCGAGGGUCCAAGAUGGUAAGGACAACACCGACAUAUGCCACGAGGCACAAGCAGUGAAGUUGCCCCGUUUCCCGGCGCCGUUCUCUGCAGACGGCCUUCGCGGCGCUUGUAUCGGCAUCGAGUUCGGCAGCGACCGGCAGGGGCCGAACUUCGACAUGAAUCUAAAAGUGUUCACGACUCUGGCGCGCACACAACAUACGGGCGGGCUCUUUGUGAAUUCUCUGCGUUGUGUCGGCAGUGCGGCUCUGGCCAUCUGUAGAGUAGCCUCGGGACAGCAGGAGGCGUUUUGGGAGUGUGGAUGCUGGGCCUGGGAUGUGGCGGCGGCGUGGUGCAUACUCGAGGAAGCCGGUGGGAUCAUGGUCGACGGGCACCCAGGAGGUUGGCAGCCGCCAGUUGAUAACAGGCGGUACCUUGCUGUCAGACCAGCCCUGGGCGAAGUCAGUGGCAGACGGACGGGCCAGAAGCAGCAAGAGGAUUUUGUCAACGAGUUUUGGUCGACUUUAGGCGAGCUGAGGUCCACAUAUGGACCCCUGUAG